CCUGUUUUUUCAGAAAGGAAACACAGCCCUGCACAUAUCCUCUCUGGCAGGUCAGGCAGAAGUUGUGAAGAUCCUGACCAAACGAGGAGCUGACAUCAAUUCACAGUCUCAGAAUGGAUUCACUCCUCUCUACAUGGCAGCCCAGGAGAAUCACAUGGAUGUAGUGCGCUACUUGCUUGAGAAUGGAGGCAACCAGAGCAUUGCAACAGAAGAUGGUUUUACACCCCUAGCAAUUGCCCUCCAGCAGGGACACAACCAGGUGGUUUCCAUCUUACUGGAAAACGAUACCAAAGGCAAGGUUCGCCUGCCCGCCUUGCACAUUGCCGCACGCAAGGAUGAUACCAAAUCAGCCGCCCUGCUACUUCAGAAUGAUCACAAUGCCGAUGUCCAGUCAAAGAUGAUGGUCAAUAGGACUACUGAGAAUGGCAAGAGUGGAUUUACGCCGCUGCACAUUGCUGCCCACUAUGGAAAUGUCAAUGUGGCCACUCUCCUACUCAACCGUGGAGCGGCUGUGGAUUUCACAGCCAGGAAUGGAAUAACUCCUUUACAUGUGGCGUCUAAACGUGGCAACACCAACAUGGUUCGCCUAUUGUUGGAUCGGGGCUCUCAGAUCGAUGCUAAAACACGGGAUGGUCUGACCCCCCUCCACUGUGCAGCUCGAAGUGGACAUGAGACAGCUGUGGAGCUACUGCUGGAGAGAGGAGCCCCUUUACUGGCCAGGACCAAGAAUGGGCUGUCCCCACUGCACAUGGCAGCACAAGGUGACCAUGUCGAAUGCGUCAAACACCUUCUGCAGCACAAGGCUCCUGUUGAUGACGUCACACUGGACUACCUGACAGCGUUGCAUGUGGCAGCUCACUGUGGUCACUACAAAGUCACCAAACUGCUGCUGGAUAAAAGAGCCAACCCUAACGCCAGGGCUCUGAAUGGCUUCACUCCACUGCACAUAGCCUGUAAAAAGAACCGGGUAAAGGUGAUGGAGCUGCUGGUUAAAUAUGGAGCGUCAAUCCAGGCAAUUACAGAGGUGAUUUAAACAACAUCUAGCUUUAUAUUUUAUAUAUUAGCUCAUUUCUAGUGAUAUUAAUUUUUAGGUUUCACUG